AUGGAAAAGGUUGGAGGAGAUGGCAAAGAAAAGAGGGCGAAGGGGCUGAUACUGAAGACCUUGGAACGGUGCCGGUCGAUGGCCGGCCAGCGCAGAGGAGGAAGGCAGGAAGCGCCGCCGGAGGGGUGCUUCGCGGUGUACGUCGGGCCAGACAGGGAGCGGUUCGUGAUCCGAACCGAGUGCGUGAACCACCCUCGCUUCAGGGUGCUGCUGGAGGAGGCGGAGAUGGAGUUCGGCUACUCCAACUCCGGCCCUCUCGAGCUCCCGUGCCAUGUAGAGGUCUUCCAUGAGGUCUUGUGGGAGAUGGAACAGGAGGCGGUGGAGUCGUCUUGGUGCAUCUUCGGCAGAGGAGGAGGAGGAGGAGGACAUGGCGGAUAUCGUUCUUUGAGGUCGGUCAACCGAUGA